GGGGGCAAGAGACGCUUGGGGCUGGAGCUAACCGGACGGGUCGCUCCGGCUCUCCAGGGAGAGGAGCUUCCCGGCUCUGGAGAAGGGGCGAGUCUUUUGAGAGCCCCGGGGAAGGGCCGCGUGCUGGAGAGGGACGGUCGGGCUACCCCGGCUCGCGGAGGGCUCGGCUCCGGGCUCCCCUCCUUUCCACCUCGCGAGGGAGGGGGCGAGGGAAGGAGGGGAGGGGAAGGUUCCGCGGAGGAGGCAGAAUGACCAGUCGAGGGGGGCUUGGGCGCUGCUUUUCCCAGAAGCUGCUUCCACUCCUGCGGCUGCCGCGAGGGCUGGCUUGAGCUGGGGCUCCAGGCUCUCCCGCUGCGAGCCAGCGCGGCCCCCCGGGGCCCGGGCAGCGGCGCCGGCAUGACGUCCGGCACCAUGAAGUUCAAUGGUUACUUGAGGGUCCGCAUUGGCGAGGCUGUGGGGCUGCAGCCCACCCGCUGGUCCCUGCGCCACUCGCUCUUCAAGAAGGGCUACCAGCUGCUGGACCCCUACCUGACGGUGAGCGUGGACCAGGUGCGCGUGGGCCAGACCAGCACCAAACAGAAGACCAACAAACCCACGUACAAUGAGGAGUUCUGCACCAACGUCACCGACGGUGGCCACCUCGAACUGGCCGUCUUCCACGAGACGCCCCUGGGCUAUGACCACUUCGUGGCCAACUGCACCCUGCAAUUUCAGGAGCUGCUGCGCACGGCCGGCGCCUCGGACACUUUCGAGGGCUGGGUGGAUCUGGAGCCAGAAGGGAAGGUAUUUGUGGUAAUAACCCUAACAGGGAGCUUCACUGAAGCCACUCUCCAGAGAGACCGAAUCUUCAAACAUUUUACCAGGAAGCGCCAAAGGGCUAUGCGAAGGCGAGUCCACCAGAUCAAUGGACACAAGUUUAUGGCCACAUACCUGAGGCAGCCCACCUACUGCUCUCACUGCAGGGAGUUUAUCUGGGGAGUAUUUGGGAAACAAGGUUAUCAAUGUCAAGUGUGCACCUGUGUCGUCCAUAAGCGCUGCCAUCAUCUGAUUGUUACAGCCUGCACUUGCCAGAACAAUAUUAACAAAAUGGAUUCAAAGAUUGCUGAACAGAGGUUCGGAAUCAACAUCCCGCACAAGUUCAGCAUCCACAACUACAAAGUGCCAACCUUCUGCGAUCACUGCGGCUCGCUGCUCUGGGGCAUCAUGCGACAAGGCCUCCAGUGUAAAAUCUGUAAGAUGAACGUCCACAUCCGAUGUCAGGCAAAUGUAGCCCCGAACUGUGGGGUCAACGCGGUGGAGCUCGCCAAGACCCUGGCUGGGAUGGGCCUCCAGCCCGGAAAUAUUUCUCCAACCUCGAAGCUGGUUUCCAGGUCAACUCUAAGAAGACAGGGCAGGGAAAACACCAAAGAAGGAAAUGGGAUCGGGGUUGAUUCUUCCAGCCGACCUGGUAUCGACAACUUUGAGUUCAUCCGAGUGUUGGGGAAGGGGAGCUUCGGGAAGGUGAUGCUUGCGAGAAUAAAAGAAACAGGAGACCUCUAUGCUGUGAAGGUGCUGAAGAAGGACGUGAUCUUGCAGGAUGAUGAUGUGGAAUGCACCAUGACGGAAAAAAGGAUCCUGUCCUUGGCUCGCAAUCACCCCUUCCUCACACAGUUGUUCUGCUGCUUUCAAACACCUGAUCGUCUGUUUUUUGUGAUGGAGUUUGUGAAUGGGGGCGACUUGAUGUUUCACAUUCAGAAGUCUCGUCGUUUUGAAGAAGCACGAGCUCGUUUCUAUGCCGCAGAAAUCAUUUCGGCACUCAUGUUCCUACACGAGAAAGGAAUCAUCUAUAGAGAUCUCAAAUUGGACAACGUACUGUUGGACCAUGAGGGCCACUGUAAGCUGGCAGACUUCGGGAUGUGCAAGGAGGGGAUCUGUAAUGGAGUCACCACGGCAACCUUCUGUGGCACACCCGACUAUAUUGCUCCAGAGAUCCUCCAGGAAAUGCUCUAUGGACCCGCAGUAGAUUGGUGGGCGAUGGGCGUGUUGCUCUACGAGAUGCUCUGUGGUCACGCACCCUUCGAGGCAGAGAACGAAGAUGACCUCUUUGAAGCCAUCCUGAAUGAUGAAGUGGUCUACCCUACAUGGCUCCAUGAAGAUGCCACAGGGAUCCUGAAAUCUUUCAUGACCAAGAACCCCACCAUGCGCCUGGGCAGCCUGACUCAGGGUGGGGAGCAUGCCAUCUUGAGACAUCCUUUCUUUAAGGAAAUCGACUGGGCCCAGCUGAACCAUCGCCAAGUAGAACCACCUUUCAGACCCAGAAUCAAAUCCCGAGAAGAUGUCAGUAAUUUUGACCCUGACUUCAUUAAGGAAGAGCCAGUUUUAACCCCAAUUGAUGAAGGACAUCUUCCUAUGAUUAACCAGGAUGAAUUUAGAAACUUUUCCUUUGUGUCUCCAGAAUUGCAACCUUAGCCUGAUGGGGAAUGAAAGACAUGACCUGAGAAUCACAAGCAGCUCCAGAUUUUCCAGGAAGUCCCUUUGUGGGGCAUUCCCCAGGAUCAGCCUUAGAACAAGAACCUUACCUUCAGAGCACAGUUGGGAAACUCUGAAGGCCAGAACUUCAGGAGGUCAGCUCUUUCAAGUCCUCAGGAAGCCAGGGUACUGGAAAGAGUGGAUACCAGAAUGAGAGUUCAUGAAGAAGUAUACUGCUCAACCUAGGAGUUUCUAUGGCUCUUUUGGGCUUGGGAUAUUAGAAGGAACCAACAGAAGAGAAGGUGUGAAGAAUCGACUUGAUCCUAGAAA